CGAGACUCAGAUCCUUUCCUGCAAAACGUCAAGUGAACAGCAGAUUAAUCCAAUUGGGUCCAUUCAUUGACAAGCAUGGCAUCGCUGGACACCUUGGUGCUGUACGAGCACAUUCUGUCGCUCGUGGACCCCACGGAGCUCCACCGCAGCUCUAACUCUGUCCUGCAAAAGAAAUUCUUCGAUUUGGCCAAAUCUGUCAGCGACGUCGUUGCAACGUUUGCCAAGGUUGAGGAAGUGCGCGAUGCGAUGAACCAACUGGAGCAGGGCAACGUAUUGACUGGACGAAGCGACAGUUUGAUGCGAGAGAUGGAAAACUCAAUGAACCUGCAGCAAAAAUUGGAGGAAGCCUUGAAGAAGGUGACCAUGGAGAUAGCUGUGUCGGAAAAAGACGUAGACAUCACUGAGGAAACACAGACCCAAGCGAAACAUAAACGAGGGAGAGGAAUGGCCAUUGAACACGAGCGGGAGGACAUGGUCGUCUCCGAGUCGUGUAGUGGAUCUUCAUCUUCAUGCAGCAGCGAAGAGGAAGGCGAUAUGCCAACCAAAAAGAAGUCUAAGGGAACAGAGGCGGCAUUGCAGGAUCUCGAAACAACGCCACAACUCAAGACGAUGGACCCUUGUCUGCAUCUUGCUCAGGAGUGUUUGAACACGAUUUUGAAAGUAAAAAUUAAAAGCAAAAAGAUCCCGGGCGGCAUGAAAGCUCGUUGGUCGAAUGCCGUUAUUGGCAUCAAGGACGUUCUCAAGCAGCAGGCAGCUUGCAAUGCUGUAACGACAGACAACACAAUAGCUCGAGUGACCACCCGCGCAUUAGAGUCUGCAAUGGCGAUUUUCGAGCAAGUUGAAUGGACCGUUGAGCGUUUCUACGAGAUACAGCUUCUUAGCGCUGCCCUCACAGGGGCUUGCUCGACGAACAAGGCAUUGAUGAGUGAUUACCAAGUUGCUCAAGUAAAACUGGACAAGGUUGUGAAGGAAAGCUGUCGCCCACUGGUGAGGAAGAUAGAGCAAGAUAAUGCUGGCAGGGUGCUAGGUCACCUAGUGGGGACAUUUCGAGGCUUGGUGAAAAGCGUGGAAACUCUCCAAUGCGAUGAAAAACCACAACGCAUUGCAGAAGUACUUAGCAUGAUCGAAAUCGUGAUGAAGGUCGAUUCUGAAUGCAAGCGUGAAAAGGAUAUUCGAAGAACGGUGGAGCAGGCGAGUGUCUGGGUGGCUACGGUUCCUCUUCACGGCGACUUUUUACCCUCCAGAUUUCAGCGUUUUGUGACCAAAGCUGUCACUUAUAUGAAGAACAUGGAGGGCAACCAGAGCGACUUGCGCAGCACCGCCACUAGUAUUACGAAAGUGUUGAGUCGGCGAAAAUAAUUGAAAACGUAGCCGACAUCCGAGUGCGAAGAAUGAAGCUGGAAAGUAGAACCACCAGUAUUGAAAAGCCCGAAGUGAUACAGAAGAUCCCUUCGGUAGUGAUCGCGGUGGGAACCCACAAUUUAUUCUUGUCUAAAGGUAUUCCUAUUCACGUA